UGACAUGGGUUGGACAUCAAAUUCAAUGUUGAGAGGGGGUAUGUUUCUACCAACUGUCCCUGGGUUGCUUCCUCAGAACUUACCUCACUUUCCAGCUGAUUUGGCUUUCAUUGAAAGAGCAGCAAGGUUUUCAUGCUUCAGUGGAGGGAAUUUUGGUGGAGUGAUGAAUCCUUUUAGUGCGCCUGGCCCGAUAAAUCCUUAUUCACGGGGCUUGGGACCGAUGCAAGGGCCGGAUGAGGUUUUUGGAGGAAAUGGAUUGAGACCGCUGCCUGGAAUGCAGAGCCAAGGACAUGAAACGGACGUGACCGAAGUUAGCAAAGAGGCUUCACUACCUGGGAGGAAGCCUGGAAAUGAAGGGAGCCCGUCCAAGAAUGAGAAGAAAAGUGAAAGUUUGUUGCGCUCUCAUGAUGAAGCAAAACAUGGAGUUGGUGUGUCAGGUAAUGAGUCAGAUGAGGCGGAAUUUAGUGGCCGUGGUGGCCAAGAGGAGUUGAAUGGGCCAGCUGUGGAGUCUUCUGGUAAAGGGCUCGGCUCUAAGAGGAGGAAGAGAGUCGGACAGGAUACUGAACAUGAUGAAAAUAAUGAAGCCCCACGGCCAUCUAUUGAUAUGGCGAAAGGAAUGGCGGAAACUAAAGAAAAGGGUGAUCGAAACCCAACUUCAAUCAGUAAGCCUGGUGGCAAGCAUGGUAAGCAGAGUUCUCAAGGCUCAGAUCCACCCAAGGAAGAAUACAUACACGUUAGAGCACGAAGAGGUCAGGCGACAAACAGCCAUAGUCUUGCUGAAAGGGUGAGAAGGGAGAAGAUUAGUGAAAGGAUGAAAUUCCUUCAGGAUCUUGUGCCUGGUUGCAGCAAGGUCACUGGAAAAGCUGUUAUGCUUGAUGAAAUCAUCAAUUAUGUGCAAUCACUACAGCGGCAAGUUGAGUUCCUGUCAAUGAAGCUCGCAACAGUGAAUCCUCGGCUGGACUUCAAUAUCGAAGGAUUUCUAGCUAAAGAUAUCCUACAAUCUAGAGCUGGUAUGUCAUCUUCACUUGCUUUUCCAGGACUGAUCCAGGCAGGUCUUCUCAGCAACUCUUCUGAAACUCUACGAAGGCCUAUAAGUCUCCAAUCCCCUGCUAUCAGUGGAGGGUUCAAAGAACCUACAUCUCAAGGACCCAAUGUAUGGGAAGAUGAACUUCACAAUGUCGUUCACAUGGGAUUCAACUCAUCUGCUCCUCUAAAUACCCAAGAUUUAAGUGGUAUAUCAGAUACCGUCUCAUCCAACUUUAUUUGCUCUCAGAAGUUCUUAAGCUGAGUGCAGUUUCCUCACUGUUUUCCCAGGUUCUCUACCACCAGGCCAUAUGAAAGCUGAACCCUGAUUUCCUCUGUUUUCCUAACAUCGUUCGUAGCUCCUUCCAUACCAUCGUUGAAAGUCCAUAUUGUGGGAUAACAAAUCAAGUUAUGUACAUUCCUUGUGUCAGCCC